AUGAAGAAAAAAGCUGGCUUUUACGCUGUUCGUGUCGGCCGUAAGACUGGAGUAUACGAUAAUUGGGAAGAAUGUCAAAUGCUCGUUGACGGUUUCAGUGGCGCAAAAUUCAAGAAAUUUGAAACAAAAGAAGAAGCAGAUGCUUUUGUUACUGGCAAGGACCAAGACGAGGAUGCAAUCCAACAACCAAAGGUUUUUGAAAGCAUCAAAGCAGCUUUAUCCGCUCGUCAAGAUGAAAAUCACCAUAAAAAUGGUCAAUCAACUUCCAAGGAAGUUUUACCUUCAGUUUCUUUAUCCGAUCAUGAAAUCGAAGUGGUAAUCACUGUCUUGAAACAUCACGGCUUUAAAGAAGUAUGGGUCUGGGAAACUUCUAUGGAUGGAUUUAAGAGCGAAUACGAGACUUGUACGAUACACGGUGCAGAAGAACCAAAACAACGAGCAGGUUUGACGGCAAUUCUCCGUGCUUUAGAAAGUUGCCCUAACAAGGAAGCACGCUUAUGUUUCGACAGAUCCAACGGUAUGCGUCCCUUAGAAGAUUGGCAAAAAGCCUUGAUGAAAAACAAAUUACGAGGUGAUGAUCCGAUCUUCAAGCAACACAAAGACUUGAUCGAAGAAUCAUCUUUAAGUCAAGGCAGCAGCAGCAAUAGAGGCGGUGGUGGCAUUUGGUUGAGCAAGAGAAACAUUUUCGGAUUAGAAAGAUUCUUCAAACGUAUAAAAGAAUCUUCUCAAGAUCAGGAAUCAAUGGCAAAGGGGCCAAAGGCAGGAUUCUACGCUGUUCGAACAGGAAGGAAACCGGGAAUCUACCCCACCUGGGCUGAGUGCGAAGACCAAGUGAAAGGAUUCAAAGACGCUAAGUUUAAAAAGUUUGAAACGAAGGAGGAAGCGUUAGCAUUCAUGGGAGGAGAUAAUGGAGCAUCAAGUUCGUCGUCAAAAAGCGGCAACAUUCCUAAUAUUCCAAGCACUUCCAAAGCUUCCAACUCAGCCCUAAGUGAACUCUCUUUCGCUUACGUUGAUACAUCUACCGGCGAGGUUGUGAGUAGAAGUGACCCCUCUAACGGUGCUCCUUCAUCAAAGCGGAGGAGCUCUGAACAUCAUGAAUCUUCUACUAAAAAGCCUCGCUUGUCUUAUCCCAAGUCAAAUAUGCCUGAUCCUAUCACUCCCGAAGGUGUUCGUGUGAUUGAAGUGUACACAGAUGGAGCGGCUUCCGCUAACGGAAAAGGAGCAAGAGCAAAAGCAGGAUGGGGUGUAUACUUUCCAGAGUAUGAUCACUUGAGUGAAAGCCGUCGAUUGGAUGGUUCGGAACAGACGAAUAACAGAGGAGAACUGAUGGCAAUCAUUCGUGCUAUCCAGCUCAAUCCUGAUCCUAAAGCUCAGUUACGCAUCUUUACCGAUAGUCAAUAUUCCAUCAAUUGUUUGACCGAUUGGCAGUUCAAAUGGAGGCGAAAUAAUUGGAAACGUGGAAAAGAUGAAGAUGUGAAGAACAAAGAUUUGAUCCGACUUUGUGAAUUUGAGAUACGCAAGUGUGCGCAUAGACCUAUCAUCGUACACGUAAAAGGUCACUCAUCCAACAAAGGCAACAGAGAAGCCGAUCGAUUGGCAGUCCUUGGUGCUGCAAUGCCUUCUAUACCCCAAGACGAAUGGAAGAAUUACGAACCACCUCCUUCAGAUGAUGAAGAUUCAUCUCGUGAACGAGAAAGAGCAGUACAGUUCUGGCAGAACGCGGGAUUUUCAAAGGUAGAUGCGUUGAAGAGAGCGGGAAAAGAGGAAGAUUGA